AUGAUGAAAUCUGAAGUUACUUAUUUCUUUGUCAAAACUGAUUGGAUCAAAGCUUUAGCAGUUAUCAAGAAUGAUAAUAAUAAAAUAGUCUAUAUAAGACUGGGGCAAAAUGAAGCUAACUUAUUAAAAGGUACGUUGGCUUGGUUUGAAAAAGUAACGAAGAAGAAAUACAAUAACAUGAGUUACCAUCUCAAUGAUGAAUCAAAAUUUAAAGAUAAAGUUAAACUUCAUGAAAUCAAAAACAUAUUUGUAUCUAUUUUAAACCAAGAGAAGGAAUCACCAAAUGAAUUAUUGGAAUUUGAAUUAAUUACAGGGACUGACUUCCAAAAAAAAGUAUGGAUCGAAAUAAGUAAAAUUAAGCAUGGUAAAACAUUACAAUAUAGUGAUAUAGCUAACAAUCUAGGAAAUCCAAAAGCAGUCAGAGCCGUGGGAAGAGCUUGUGGUGAAAAUAAUUUAGUCAUAUUAAUUCCAUGUCAUCGAGUCCUAGGAAGUUCUAAGAAGUUAACAGGGUUUGCUUAUGGAUUGGAAAUGAAGAAAUACUUAUUGAAAAAGGAAAAAUUGAUUACAAUGAAAUAUGAUACAAUAUUAUAUUUAAAUGAACACUAUUAUUCUAUCAAAUGUAAAUGUUAUAUAGUCAAUGUUUUACAUUGA